AUGUUCUUCAGUAGGGCCCUUAGGGGAAACCUCAAUCGGCGCCAUUGGAAUAGAAAGGUGUUUGAGAUUGGUUACAGAGGCCCUCUUCUUCCACAACAGAAAGUAACUGGAAGACCUGAUCUACCUAUUUAUCCUGACAAAGUGGUUACAUUGAGAGACAGAUUGAACAGAGAGUUCGGAGUGAUGAGCCUUCUUGCUAGGCCUUACGUAACUGAGGUUGUUGAACAAGACUAUUUCGAGCAUUUGAAUGUGAAAAGUUUGGAAGAGUUGAGAGAGAGAGAGGUAGAGGAACAGCAAGCUAAGAAAAUGCCCGGAAAGGAGAAGAGAAUUGAAGGUUCCAAAGUAUCUGUUAGAAGAAGAGCUAACAUCGGAAACUCUUUACACAAGAAUACAACGAUCGAAGACAGUUUGUCAUCUUUAAUCCAAAGAAAUAGAUGGGAUUAG